UGAUCUCUGCUCUUCCCACAAUGGCUUUGACAAUUGGAGAGCGUGUGCAGCACUGCCUCCUGGUCCUCGUGCCUAGGCUGUUCUUGGCUCUCUUUAGGCUGGUCUCACCCGGCUCAAAGCGACCAAAACAUCUCCCUCCUAUCAGAAACCCACUGCUUACUUUCUCUGCAGUGCAACUAGCUGAGAAGAUACGCAGAAGAGAGGUUACUAGUGUAGAGGUUGUGCAGGCCUACAUUGACAGGAUACAGGAAGUAAACCCACUGCUCAAUGCUUUGGUCAAAGACAGGUUCUCAUCCGCCCUUCAGGAAGCCGCUCAUGCAGAUAAACUAAUAGAGGAGGAGAAUGAAGGAGAGGAAUUUCUGAGGAACCGAUUUCCACUGCUGGGUGUUCCACUGUCUGUCAAAGAGUCAUUCGCACUACAGGGUAUGCCCAAUUCUGGCGGGUUGAAAUCCCGGGGUAGAGUACUUGCCAGUGUGGAUGCUCCUCCUGUGGCUCUGUUGAAGAGAGCUGGAGCCAUUCCUCUAGGGGUCACAAACACCAGUGAGCUUUGCAUGUGGAUGGAGUCCAACAACCACCUCUAUGGGAUCACCAGUAACCCCUAUGACCUCGAGAGGAUGUGUGGAGGAAGCUCAGGUGGAGAGGGAAGUAUCAUCGGUGGUGGUGCAUCUGUGAUAGGUAUCGGUUCUGACAUUGGAGGAAGUAUCCGCAUGCCGUGUUUUUUCAAUGGGAUAUUUGGCCACAAACCUUCAAAAGAUGUGGUUUUAAAUGACGAUCAGUUUCCCACAUGUUCUGGUCUCGAAAAUGACUACCAGAGUUCUGGUCCAAUGUGUCGCUACGCUGAAGACCUGCUACCUCUUCUGAAGAUAAUGGCUGGGCCCACUGCAGACAAGCUCUUCCUCUCAAAAGAGGUGGAUCUGAAAAAGUUAAGUUUCUUCACUGUAGUAGAUGAUGGUGGAUCUCCAUUGACAUCUCCAGUAGACAAACAGCUCAUUGAAGCUCAAAAGAGGGUGGCUGCACGUUUAGAGGCGGAUCUGGGAGUUACAGUUAAAGAAGUUAGUUUUCCUCAGCUCAAAAACUCUUUUCAGAUUUGGGAAACAUUCUUGGCUCUACCUGACAAAGAUGGCAAGCCUCCACAGUCUUUUGUUGAGCUAAUGGCAGAUGGAGGCUCCGUGUGGCCUAUUUGGGAGCUAAUAAAGAGGACAUUUGGAAGAUCUGAACACACUGUGGCUGCUAUUGGUUUGGCUCUAAUGGAGAGUUCCCACAGCUUUAAGCCAUCUCAGUUCAUGCUAAAGCAGAAGGAAGAACUACAAAGAGAGAUGGAGGAUCUGCUGGGGACAGAUGGAGUGCUGCUCUACCCCUCUCAUCCUCUUCUCGCCCCCAAACACCACCACCCCCUAUUUACCCCAUACAAUAUCGGUUACACAGGGAUCCUGAACAUCCUCGGCCUGCCGGUGACCCAGUGUCCACUGGGAUUGAGUAAGGAGCGAUUGCCCUUGGGCGUGCAGGUGGUGGCUGGGAAGUUUCAAGACCGUCUGCCCUUGGCUGUGGCGCUCUACCUGGAGAAGACCUUCGGAGGCUGGGUCGAUCCUGGAGUGGCUUGAGCAGUGAAGACACUGGA